AUGCCCGAGAGUAAAGAUAAAGCCGUGAUUAAGGCGGCGGACAUGCCGGACGAAGUCCAGGAUGACGCGGUGGCGACGUCGAUGGAGGCGAUGGAGAAGUUCAACGUGGAGAAGGACAUCGCGGCGUACGUGAAGAAGGAGUUCGAUAGAAAGCACGGACCGACGUGGCACUGCAUCGUAGGAAGAAACUUUGGGAGCUAUGUGACGCACGAGAGUGGGAGCUUCAUCUACUACUACGUCGCCAACGUGGCGUUUUUGUUGUUCAAGGCGGGAUGA